CCAUUCCCGUCCAAGUCCCUACAAAACAAACCAAAAAACAAAAAACACCACCAUCAAACAAUACAGUACAACACAAGUAACUAACAAUGGCGAAACAUUUCAAAGAAAUCGAAAUCCCUUAUCAAAAGAAUUUCAAUUCCUUAAUUUUCCCUUCAAUCCUCACUCCAAAUCCUUUAUCCUCUUCCUCUUUAAACGACUCAAUCAAAUCAGAAAAUCAAUUCCUCGAUUCCUUACUCCACAAGCAUGGAGCAAUUCUUUUUAGAGGCUUUGGGGUGAACACGGCCUCUGACUUCAACGACGUCGUUGAAGCUUUUGGGUUCGAAGAGUUGCCGUACGUAGGCGGUGCUGCUCCUCGUACCAGCGUUGUUGGUCGUGUGUUUACUGCUAAUGAAUCUCCACCUGAUCAGAAAAUCCCUUUUCACCAUGAAAUGGCUCAGGUUCCUAAGUUUCCAUCAAAGCUGUUCUUUUUUUGUGAAGUGGAACCAGUGAGUGGAGGAGAAACACCAUUAGUAUUAAGCCAUAUUGUGUAUGAAAAAAUGAAAGAAAAAUACUCUGAAUUUGUUGAAAGAUUGGAGAAUUUUGGAUUGAUUUAUAAUCGUGUUUUAGGUGAAGAUGAUGAUCCUUCUUCCCCCAUUGGUCGUGGAUGGAAGUCCACUUUUUUAACCAGUGACAAAUCCAUAGUUGAGCAAAGGGCAGCUAAGCUUGGGAUGAAGUUGGAAUGGUUAAAAGAUGGAGUGAAAACUAUAAUGGGUCCGAUUCCGGGUAUCAAGUAUGAUAAAUCAAGAAAUCGUAAGAUUUGGUUCAAUAGUAUGGUGGCUGCAUAUACAGGUUGGGAAGAUGAGCGAAAUGAUCCGGUGAAAGCCGUCACUUUCGGAGAUGGUGAACCACUACCAGGAGAUGUUGUCUAUGAUUGUUUGAAAAUUCUUGAAGAGGAGAGCGUUGCUAUUCCUUGGCGGAAAGGUGAUGUGUUGUUGAUUGAUAACUGGGCUGUUCUUCAUGCCCGGAAAUCGUUCAUUCCGCCUCGCCGGGUAUUGGCUUCCCUUUGCAAGUAGCUUCCUUCCUGCUUGUAACUGCACGAAACUGAAACUAUCUUUCGCCGUGGUCUCAUAUCAAACUUUCUCAUUUCUGUUUCUAUGUAACAUAAUAUAUUAAUAUCAAAAUACUUGCAAAUCAAGAGCAUUCGAAUCAGAA